CCUCACAAGGCCUGAUCUCUGUAAGAAAUGGGAAGCUGCGGUUAAAAGGAAAAAUUUCAAACCAACAAAGUAUAGCAGCAUUUGUUCUGAACAUUUUACUCCAGAUUGCUUCAAAAGAGAAUGCAACAACAAGCUACUAAAAGACAAUGCUGUGCCAACAAUAUUUUGCCAUACAGAACCAAAUGUGAAGCUUUUACUGUGUUCAGCUCAUUUGCCGAGAAUGAAGAUGCACUUUUGCGGCACUUAUUUCAAGGGUAUCAGAAAUGGAUCAGACCUGUGAAACAUUCCAAUGAUACCAUAAAGGUGUACUUUGGAUUAAAGAUAUCCCAACUAGUAGAUGUGGAUGAAAAGAAUCAGCUGAUGACAACUAAUGUAUGGCUGAAACAGGAAUGGAUUGACCAAAAAUUGUGCUGGAAUCCAGAGGACUAUGGUGGAAUCACCGCAAUUCGAGUUCCAUCUGAAUCUCUCUGGCUCCCAGAUAUUGUUUUGUUUGAAAAUGCUGAUGGGCGCUUUGAAGGUUCCUUGAUGACAAAAGCAAUAGUCAAAUACAAUGGGAUAGUAGUCUGGACUCCCCCAGCCAGUUAUAAAAGUUCCUGCACUAUGGACGUCACCUACUUCCCAUUCGAUAGACAGAAUUGCUCGAUGAAAUUCGGGUCAUGGACCUAUGAUGGCAACAUGGUGGACCUAAUUUUAGUAGAUGAAAAUGUGGACAGGACAGAUUUUUUUGAUAAUGGAGAAUGGGAAAUCCUAAAUGCCAAGGGGAUGAAGGGAAACCGAAAAGAUGGGUUGUAUUCCUACCCUUUCAUUACCUAUUCCUUUGUUUUAAGACGACUACCACUGUUUUACACUCUCUUCUUAAUCAUCCCGUGUCUGGGAUUAUCUUUCUUGACUGUGCUUGUUUUCUACUUGCCUUCCGAUGAGGGAGAAAAACUCUCACUGUCGACCUCGGUUUUAGUCUCCCUUACAGUUUUUCUCUUAGUCAUUGAAGAAAUCAUCCCCUCUUCCUCCAAAGUCAUCCCCUUGAUUGGCGAGUACUUGCUGUUCAUUAUGAUUUUUGUCACCCUGUCGAUCAUCGUGACUAUUUUUGUAAUCAACGUGCACCAUCGUUCCUCAGCCACCUACCACCCGAUGGCUCCUUGGGUGAAGAGGCUCUUCCUUCAGAAACUCCCCAGGCUGCUCUGCAUGAAAGGACACAUAGAUCGCUAUUCAUUCUCUGAUCCCAAAGGGACAUGGAAAGAAAAGCCAACGAGGAAACAUAAACACAAACAAGUCAAAGACGGAGAAAAAAUUGUGAUUGCCUUCCUGGAAAAGGCUGCUGAUUCCAUCAAGUAUAUCUCUGGGCAUGUGAAAAAGGAACACUUCAUUAGGGAGGUGGUGGAAGACUGGAAGUUUGUAGCUCAGGUCCUUGACCGUAUCUUCCUAUGGCUAUUUUUGGUGGUGUCUGUGAUGGGCUCUGUUCUUAUAUUUACUCCCGCUUUAAAGGCGUGGUUGCAAAGUGGAAGUAGUAUUGUCUAGAAAUAAGAACACGGGAAUCUGCGGAAGGAAGGAAGGAAGGAAGGAAGGAAGGAAGGAAGGAAGGAAGGAAGGAAGGAAGGAAGGAAGGAAGGAAGGAACUGAAUAGGCUCAGAGUCAACACAGGUGCAUACUGAACUGGAAACGACACUGCCAUUGGUGGCAACUGGUCUUGUUGAUGAUUGUACCCUCCAAUCAACUUUUAAGGCUGAAUCCUAUGCUUGCUUACCCCAAAGUCCUGUGAACUAAAUUGCAUUUACUUCUGAGUAGAUAACCAUAGGAUGGCACUGUUAGCCUUUCAAAUUGUUGCACAAAUGAAGACAUCCAAUUCUGCAUCUGUAUCUGUGUUUAUCAGCUAAUACAGAUACAGUCACCAUUGAAUGAUAAGCCUCUAUGUAUUCAAGCACAUAAGCCAGACCCAUGUUGACCACAAACAUAUUGAUUUUGCAUCAGUUUAAACCGUUGCAAAACCAAAGAAUCCUUGGACUUGUAGUGUGUUGUGUUGAGGAUUCUCUGAGGAGUCCCUAACACUUCUCUGUCCUUGAGCACUUGAAAGACUAGAGAAUGCCCAUCAAACCAUUUUGUCAGUGGCAUAGACAAAAUUUUGAAAGUUUUCUUUUUAAAUCAUGCCCCAAAUUAUUAAUAUAGCAAUAUAUCUUUGACACUGGGAAGAUUUUAUAGAUAUCUAUAUGAAAUAUAAAAAAUAUGUUAGUCUUAAAAGAUCUGCAUCAGUAGACCUUGCAUAAUUUCAUUCAGCCAUAUUCAAUCUUGGUUUCAGCACUUAAAUGUACAUAUUUCAUUUUAUGCAAAUUGUAUGCAGAAAGGUGAGGU